AAGUGUCCAAACACCGAGAAAAACUCCUGCUGAAGCGACUGAUCUCCACACUGUUAUAAAGAUGGCGUUUAUUAAAGAGGAGAGUGAAGAUGUGAAGAUUGAAGAAACAUUCACAGAGAAAAAGGAAGAUCCGCAGGAACAAACAAACCUAAUUAAAGAGAGUGAGGGGAGUAAAGAGGAGAAACACCAUGUUAAAAUUGAGGACAAAAAUCAUUUACAGACUGAUGGUAUUUUGAAAAGGAGAGACAAGAAUCGUUUCACCUGUACUCAGUGUGGAAAGAGUUUUGGAGGAAAUGGCAAUCUUAAGAUUCACAUGAUAAUCCACACCGGAAAGAAACCAUUCACAUGCACUCAGUGUGGGAAGAGUUUCAGCCAAUCGUCUCACCUUAAUGACCACAUGAUGAUCCACACGGGAGAGAAACCAUUCACAUGCACUCAGUGUGGGAAGAGUUUCAUCCGGUUAUCAUUGCUUAAUCAACACAUGAUGAUUCACACUGGAGAGAAACCAUUCACAUGCACUCAGUGUGGGAAGAGUUUCAGGCAAUCAUCAUACCUUAAUGAACACAUGAUGAUCCACACCGGAGAGAAACCAUUCACAUGCACUCAGUGUUGGAAGAGUUUCAGCCGCUCAUCAGACCUUAAUCUACACAUGAGGAUCCACACUGGAGAGAAACCAUUCACAUGCACUCAGUGUGGGAAGAGUUUCAGCUGCUCAUCAUCCCUUAAUAAACACAUGAGGAUCCACACUGGAGAGAAACCAUUCACAUGCACUCAGUGUGGGAAGAGUUUCAGCUGCUCAUCAUCCCUUAAUAAACACAUGAUGAUCCACACUGGAGAGAAACCAUUCACAUGCACUCAGUGUGGAAAGAGUUUUGGCCGCUCAUCAUACCUUAAUCAACACAUGAGGAUCCACACUGGAGAGAAACCAUUCACAUGCACUAAGUGUGGGAAGAGUUUCAACUGCUCAUCACACCUUAAUCGACACAUGAGGAACCACACUGGAGAGAAGCUAUUCACAUGCACUCAGUGUGGGAAGAGUUUCAGACAACCAUCACUCCUUUAUCUACACAUGAGGAUCCACACUGGAGAGAAACCAUUCACAUGCACUCAGUGUGGGAAGAGUUUCAGCAUAUCAUCAUCUCUUAAUCAACACAUGAGGAUCCACACUAGAGAGAAACCAUUCACAUGCACUCAGUGUGGGAAGAGUUUCAGCCUAUCAUCAAACCUUAUUAAACACAUGAGGAUCCACACUGGAAAGAAACCAUUUACAUGCACUCAGUGUAGGAAGAGUUUUGGCCUAUCUUCAAACCUUAUUAAACACAUGAUGAUCCACACUGGAGAGAAACCAUUCACUUGCACUCAUUGUGGGAAGAGUUUCAGCCAAUCAUCACACCUUAAUCUACACAUGAGGAUCCACACUGGAGAGAAACCAUUCACAUGCACUCAGUGUGGGAAGAGUUUUAACUGCUCAUCACACCUUAAUCGACACAUGAGGAUCCACACUGGAGAGAAACCAUUUACUUGCACUCAGUGUGGGAAGAGUUUUAACUGCUCAUCACACCUUAAUAAACACAAGAGGAUCCACACUGGAGAGAAACCAUACACAUGCACUCUGUGUGGGAAGAGUUUCAGCCAAUCAUCAAACUUAAAUCAACACAUGAGGAUCCACACUAGAGAGAAACCAUUCACUUGCACUCAGUGUGGGAAGAGUUUCAGCAAACCAUCAUCCCUUAAAAUACACAUGAGGAUCCACACUGGAGAGAAACCAUUCACAUGCACUUAAGCUGUAGUCACACUGGACUUUUCUCCCCAUAGACUUCCAUUCCUACGCACGCAAAUGCAUCAGAUCGAAAACACAAGUUUUGCAGUUCACUGCGUGGAAAAGUUCAAGCUUUGUGAACUCUGACCUGCGAAAUCGCAUCACUUGACUGUGUGAGACCAAUCGAAAAUCAAAACAUGACCUCUCUGGACAGAUAUGUAAAAUAUGGACCAAUCACUCACUUUUUAAAAAUGUCUAAUCAUCUUGUUUAAUUCCACCCCUUUUCACAGCACCAUACAACAGAAUUUUGCAUGCUCAAACUCUAGUGUGACUGCAGCUUCGGUGUGGUAAGAGUUUCAGUAACUCCUCAGACCUUAAAGAGCAUAUUGUAGGUUAGACACCCCAGUGAGACAAUGUGUGUAAGAGUAAAGUAAGAAUUAGAUUUUCUUUAAAAUAAACGUUAAAGUUUAUUAUUAAGCCGUUUGGAGUCGUUUUAAGUCACGGAAAUUUACUUCCGCGUCUGAAUCGCCAAACCGGAAGUGACGUAGGACCAGGGAGUUCGCGCAUAUAAACACUAUGAAGACAACUGAUCACGGUGCGCGUUUGGAUGCCGAGAUAAGAUAUUCUGAGAGACUCACACAAACGACAGACCACAGCCAUACAAUUAUAAGCCUGUGGACAGACCAGCAGACAGAACAGCAGUCUGAGAAGUGUAAUUUAACUCUUUUGUGAGGGAGAACAGAGCAGGUUUAUGGUGAGGCCAGUGUUGGCUUACAGAGAGAUAUGUAAGAUAACAAAAUCUUAUCUGGCAACAGCAAAGCUAGUAUUGAUCAUCUAUAAGUAUUAAUACUUACCAGUAACAGAAACUAAUGAGCAUUUAACACAGUUAUGCCACAUUGACACUAUUUUUAAUAGUAGAUAAGUGAAUACAAAACACAAAUAACACCAGAACGUCUGGAAUAAUGCAGAAACAUGUAAACAAGGUACUGGAAAAUCUUUUUUAUUUUACAAAAAGUUUUCAGAGUUUUUGUAUUAAAAUAAAAACAACAUCAAAUAUUAAAACAAUUAAAAUAAGUUUUUAAAUAUGUCUUUUUUUCAUUGGGUAUAAGAUUAUCUGUAUCAGAUCCCAUUUAGGCUACAAUCCAUAAAAAGACAAGUAAUUACAUCAUUAAUAACAAUGUUUGUCCCAGUUGAGACAGUGAAUAAGUGGAAUUUUAUUUUAUAUCUUUUGUAAUGUAAUAAUGUACAUGUAGCAUAAAUUUUUUUUGAAGACAACAUUUUCAUUUCCAAAAAGAAAAAAAUUUCUACAUUUUGAAAACUACUGUUUUAUUACAUGUAAAAGCAGUGCAUUCAAACUAUUACUUUUGUAUAACAUGUCUUUAUUGAGUUUUUUCAAGAUUUUACAUUACCCAAAAAUUACCCUAGACAGGUUUAGGAAAAAAUAAAAAAUAAAUACAAAUACAAAUAAAUAAAAUAAUAAAUUACACAUAUACAUAUACACAUAAAAAAUAUAACAAAUAAAUAAAUAAAAAUAAAAUCAAGCACCAACUAACAUCCCACAACUUCAGACUUCCGAAGCUUCUUCAAUAUCUCCGUUUUUUACAAAGUUCAAAAACACCUCCCAGAUGUCACAAAAUUCAGAGGAUUUUUUCCUUAUUAUAUAUGUGAGCUUUUCAAGAGCCAAGCAUGUUAUAAGGUUUCUCAACCAAAAUCCAAUGGAGGGGCGAUUAACUUUUUUUCCAGCAUAAAGCAAUACAACGCCUUGCUUGUAUUAAACAUAAAUCAAUCAAUUUUCUUUCUUUAGUAGACAAGGCACAACUGUAUUCAUACAUAUUCAAUAUAUCAAACUAUUACUUUAAAUUGAAGUUACUUAUAUUUUAGUCUGUUACUAAAUUUAAUCUAUGUCUGUGAAAUAGAAAAUUAAAGAAGAUUAUUAAUUUUAACUUUGUUACUGGAUUAUAAUUAGGGAUGAAUUAAUGCGUGUGCAUUAUUAUAUUAUUGGUUUAUUAUUGAAGAUGCAUUAAUGUGUGACCCUUAUAUUAUCGCUUUAUUAUUAGUGAUGAAUUAUUGUGUGAGCAUUAUUCUAUUAUUGGUUUAUUAUUAGUGAUGCAUU